ACGACGAGAGAUGAGUCGCAAAUAUUUCGCUAUUUCGCUAUCAGCAAGUUUACCUACAGGCAUCAGAUAUGGGAUCAACCAUCAAGUCGUCCGCGCGAGUCUCUGCUCGUUUGAAAGAGCUCGUGCAGAAGAGUGAGCAUCUUAACAUGGACGUAGCUGAUGAGCGUCGUCAGCUAAGUCAUUUGGUUCAAAGUCUCGGCUAUGAACUUGAGACACCUAUGGAAUCAAUUUAUCGGUUGAUUGUUAUCCAGCCAUUGCUCUACAUGUGUGUCCGGGUGGCCAUUAACUUGAACCUUUUCGAGAUUAUGGCGGAAGAUGAGAGUGUUCCCAAGAAUGUCUCUCAGUUGGCUUUACGCGUGGGCGCUGAUGAGACGCUCUUGGGCCGCCUCCUCAAAAAUAUGGCAGCCAGUGACUUGAUCAGUGAGACAGCGUCCGAUACUUACGAGCUGACUACUCUCUCUGCGUCGCUGUUGAAGAUCAGCCACCGUGAUGCAUUUCCCUUCUGCCACGAUGUUCUCCUCCCAUCGUUCUCCGCUACCCCACGGUUUCUCGCAGAAACACGAUAUGCCAACCCAACUAACAUCACCGACACGCCCUUUCAAUUCGGUCAUCACACCAAGCGGACAUUCUUCGAAUAUCUGGGAACGUAUCCGGAACAAGCUCAGCAAUUCAACAACUUCAUGGGACUGUAUGCCACAGACAGACCCCGCUGGCUUGACGAGGGCCACUUCCCCGUCCGGGAGAUCCUAGGUGAAGGUGCUAGUGAAGAAAAAGACGCCGUGUUAAUGGUAGAUGUUGGCGGUGGAAAGGGCCACGAUCUGAUAUUAUUUCAACAGCGGUACGGUGAUCUCCCAGGCCGGUUGAUCCUGCAAGAUCUUCCUUCAGUGGUCAAGCAGGCGGGCCAACUUAGUGCGGGCCUAGAAUCUAUGGGCCAUGACUUUUUCACCGAAAAUCCGAUCAAAGGCGCACGGACUUACUACUUCCACUCGGUGCUACAUGGCUGGCCGGAUGAGAAGUGUCUCGACAUUUUGCGUCAGAUUGCCGCAGCCAUGAAACGUGGUUACAGCAAGCUUUUGAUUAACGAGAUUGUCAUUCCGGACACCAAUGCUCACCGUCUGGCAACGUCUAUGGAUCUGCUCAUGAUGACGGUUGUUGCGGCGGAGGAGCGCACUGAGCAGAAGUGGAAGUACCUUCUGCCUUUAGUUGGGCUUAAGAUUGUUAAAAUUUGGAAGUUUGAGAUUGGUACAGAGAGCCUUAUUGAGGCUGAGCUUGCGGGUGAUUAGUUUUCGUACUGUGAUGUUGUUUCCAUACGUUUAUUUUCCGGUCCAUUC